AUGUUAGCACCUAAACUUCAUUCAUUAAUUAUCUGUCCUGGUGAAUAUAUCGACUCCUUAAAUCAGCUUCUUACUCAAAUAUUGGGUUUAUCGAAAUUAAAAUAUUGUAAAAUUGCCUAUGAAAGUCAAGCCUCUCAAAAUAUGUUUCCUUGUUAUCUUACGAAACAUGAUGAUUGUAGUCCUAUGGAAUAUUUGAGUUUUAAUGGUCGUUUUCCAUUUGAAUCAUUGAAUAAUUUAUUAUCUUGUCGUCCUCGACUCCAUCAUUUAUCAAUUAAUUCUCUUGUGAAAUGUGUUCGUGAAGAACUAAGAGAUGUGUCUCCUAUUGAAUUAAAAUAUUUGAAAUGCGUUUCUCUUAACAUUGAUUGUAUUCAAUUUGAUAAAUUCGAAAAAAUACUAAAAACAUUUUUUCAUUCUGUUGAAAUUUUAAAUAUUACAACUUGUUAUCGUGAAGAAAGGCAAGAUUAUAAUUUUCAUUGUGAAUUGGAUAAUCAAAUUUAUCCACAAACUCAGGAAAAUAAUUUAACUUCGGUUAAACGUGUUAAAAUUCGCAGUAGAAAAAUAAAUCAAAAUUGGACAAACUACUUUCCAAAUUCUACUCAAUUAACUAUCGAACAGUUUUUCGAAGCAUUAGUGAGUUCGAUUUCGGCAAAUCUUAAUUGUAUGAUUCCUCUAAAACAACUUACGAAAUUAGUUAUAGAAUCUUAUAAGUGUCCUUUUGAAGAAAUAGUGAAACUAUUAUGUUUUACACUUAAUUUCGAUACAUUAAAAUUGCAUUUAUUAUGUUUGAAAGAAAACGAUAUAGAAUUAAUUGCAAAAAGUGAAAAUUUUCAACGUGUAGAAAAAACAAAUAAAAUAAAAAAUUUCGAUCUUCGUUGUGCUUAUUCAUAUAAAGUAAUGCAAUUGAUUGUUAAUUUAUUUUCAAAACUAGAAUAUCUUAAAACUAGAAUGAAUUGA